AUGCAGAUAAAUUCGGAUCUAUUGCUGUUUGAUAUAAGAAGAUGGUGCACUCCUCCUCAGCUCAGCAUGUUCAAUCUUAUGAGCAACUGCUGCAACUGGGUCUCCAAACUUCAACAACCAACGAGGGACAUUACAGUUCUGGUGGUUGGGCUUGACAAGGCUGGUAAGACUUCUUGUAUCAGAGGAAUGUUGAGAGCACCAUUUGGAGAGGUGGGUCCUACUCAUGGAUGCGUCCACAAUGAGUUGCUGAUUGAAAACUUUCUGGUAAACCUGCUGGACGUGAGUGGAAGUCCUGAAGCUCGGGCAGGCUGGAGAGAAUAUUAUAGCGAGGCCCAUGGAAUAAUCUUUGUGGUGGACUCCAGUGACAGACACAGAAUAAAAGAGGUCAAAGACCUUCUGACAGACAUGCUAAGACAGCCUAGAGUUGCUGGAAAACCCCUGUUGAUAAUGGCCAAUAAACAGGACAAGAUGAAUGCCUUGCUGGGAAGUGAACUGAUAGAGGUUCUGUCCCUGGAGAAGCUGGUCAAUCAGAGCCAGAGUCUGUGCCAUAUUGAACCGUGCUCUGCCUUAAUGGAUUCACGUCGAUGGUCAGACAGGAAAACUCUGCGAGGUCUUAGGUGGCUCCUGAGGGCUGUGUGCCUCGACUACUCGAAACUCUGUGCCCGUGUAGUCAGGGACAGUAGAAGGCCACCGGGAACAAAAGAGAGGGAAAGAAAUGGAAAAACAGAAAAGACACAGAAGAAAAAUAAAGCUGAAAGAACAAAAGCCAGUAAACCAGAAAUCUGCCAAGUACCACACCCUCAGCAGAAAGAACAAAAAACUGGAAGGUCCCUCCAACCAAUCAGAGAUAUUCUUAAAAAGGAGAACUCCUUUCAAAAGAAAAUGAAGAAAAAGAAAUUAAAUGUAAAAAUUAAAAGGAAAAGUGUGAAAAAAGGCAGCAAGACUAAUGAUGGAGGAAAAGAGCCUGUAGAAGAGGAGGUGGAAGGAAACGAGGUGGAGCAGGACCAUAACUGUCUAAAGGAAAAGGCCAACAGUGCCCUGUUGCCACAGAAAUCCUUAAAGAUAAAACCCAAAGCAAAGGUGAAGGUGGAGACUUUGGAUCAUCCAGAAUCCUCAGAGAAAGAUACAUCGAAUACAACAAACGCAAAAGGAGAAAAGAAGAAAAAGAAAAAGGUGCUUAAAGGAAAACGGAAAAAUAGGAUAAACACAGAAGAAAUGCCUGCAGCAUAUAGACAGCCUGCUGACCUGUCUGCCACUUUUGACCUUUACAGAAAAGCAAUUCUGGCCCUAAAAGCCAGACAGGAUCAAAGCUUGGUGCCAGAGCAGUAAGAAGACUAAAAAUAGAAAGACCAUACAAGGACGUCUGUAACACGUACGAACUGAAAGCACAACAGAAACAUCGAGCUGAAGUCUACAGGAGUCUAACAAUGGAGAAAUGUACAGUGUUUCACUAUAGACGUUUAAAUGAAUUCCAGUUUAAAUUCAAUGUUGUUUGUGAUAUCCUGGAUAAU